AUGUACAUGUUGAGCUGCCUGUGUGCCCUGGUCCUCAUUGCUGCUCCUCAGGUGCCUGGCACCUUGGCACAGGAUGUGGUGUUUUUGCAUUUAAUCACCGUCCUGGUCUCCUCUUCAGAGCAGACUGAGAUUGUGAACGAGCACAACACCCUGAGAAGAGGAGUCCAGCCCACUGCGAGCAACAUGUUAGAAAUGAGCUGGAGCAGUGAGGCUGCAGCCAACGCUCAGAGAUGGGCCAACACCUGCUCCAUGGAGCACAGCCCUGCCAGCUCCAGAGAGAUCAGCACUAGUGGCUGUGGAGAGAACCUGUACAUGUCUAGCUUCAAAAACAGCUGGAGCAACGCAAUCCAGUCCUGGUACGACGAGGUGAAGGACUGGCGCUACGGAGUGGGAUCCAUCAAUGGAGGAGUGGUCGGCCACUUCACACAGGUUGUGUGGUACAGGUCCAACCAAGUUGGCUGUGCUAUGGCCCACUGUCCCAACUCUCAAUACAAAUACUUCUACGUCUGCCACUACUGCCCACCAGGAAACUACCAGUAUGCUCGCCCCUACCAGUCAGGACCCACCUGUGGUGACUGCCCCAAUGCCUGCAACAACAAACUGUGCACCAACCCCUGUCCCUACACUGACCAGUACAGUAACUGUCCCGAUCUGAAGCAGCAGUGGGGCUGCAGUAACAGCAACGUGGCCUCUUGGUGUCCUGCCUCCUGCAAGUGCACCAAUCAGAUCAUUUAAAUGCCCACGAGUUCACAUGAAAAGUCAGUUUCAGAAAACACAUGCAUCAAUAAAACUCUGAUUUUCAUAUUUAA